GAUCCUCACAACAAGAUGGCGAACCUCGUGCUCAAGGUCGCGACGGCGGACCAACUGUACGAAGCGGACGUGCACACGUACAGCUCGUGGGGCGCGCCGCACCUGAGCCUCGCGCAGUACCUCGAGCGCGAGGCCCGGCUGCGCGACACGGCGUUCGCCAAGGAGACACUCACGGGCUACGUGCUCGUGCCGGCGGCCGACCCCGACACGCGCGACAUCCUCGCGUAUGUCGAAGUCUUUCGCCGCCCGAGCGUCGUCUACCCCGCCUCCGCCUCGCCCAAGGUCUACGUCGAUGGCUUUAGCAUCGGGUCGGUCUACACGCCCGUGGCGCACCGCAAGAAGGGGUAUGCGACGACCAUGCUCGCGCUGGUCGUGGCGCAGCUGCGCGCCGCAUCGACAAGCUUUGUGCUCUCGAACCUCUACUCGGACAUUGGCCCGACGUACUAUGCGACAAAGGGCUGGCGCGUGCAUCGGUCGGACGAGGCAACGAUCCCGGUGGCCGCGAUCGUGCCACCAGCAGCGUCACCAGCCUCGGCCGUCCUCUACUCGAUCGACUCGCCAUCCGCGCUCGUGCACGCAGCCCAAGGGUCGCAGCGCCUACUGGAUGCGUCGCUCCGGCCCGGGCAGUGCGCCUUUGUCGUGACCGCGAGCUGCAUCGAGUGGUUCGCGGCGCGAAGCCACUUUUACGGCCACACGCUCAAGCACUUGUCGUCGCUUCCGUCGUUGCUCGGCGGCUACAAGGUCGGCGCCAACGGCAAGGUCACCGACGCCGUGCUGUGGACACACAACUUUCGCGACGACCAACUCGUCUUGCUGCAUUGGAACGUCCAGGCCGAGAACGCAUGGGCCUUCUUGUCGCUUGCGGCCAAAGAAGCGGCCGCGUGGCAGCUCAAGUCGAUUGUUGUGUGGAACGCAGAGCUCCCGACAGAGCUCCGCGCGUACAACAAGGCGCGCGACGACUCGCUAGCGUCGCUGCUCGUGCAAACGUUGCCGGACGCGACCGAAGUGGCGCUCGAAUGGAUCGGCAACGAAAAGUACGCGUGGGUCUAAUCGCCUCUCCGUAUUAUCGUAUUAGACGAGCCGCGGCACGGGAAUACAAUGUGAAACUACUCUAUGGACGACUCUGUGCAGCAAUCAGCAAUACCAUUAGAACGUG